AUGAUUAAUCAAAUAUUAAAAAGUUUAAUUUCAGAUCAGAUCAAAAAGUUGGUGGCAAACGAAAUCGAAAAUUGGACAAGUUCGACAAAAGUUCAAGGUCGGUUGUUUAUUUUUCGGGAUGGUUGCAACUUUUUCAAACAAAAAAAAGAGUUUUCUUUUCUCUGGAAAUGGUUACUUGAACACAGAUGCUCGUUAGGUUAGCAACGCUAAUUCAAUUUUCUUUUCCCGCCAUGAUUUUUUUUUAUUUCAUAGCGAUUUUCUAGAAAUUGAGAUCUUAUCUUUCUGAUAGAAUUUUCUUUGUUUAGUUCUUUGAAUUGUGACAUCUAUGGUUUUUAGACUUUUCGUCCAAUUUUCCCCUGAGAAAGUUUAGCGAGAAAAAAAUGUUUCAUAAAAAGAAUAUUAACAAUACAGUACAGUAACUUAUGUAAAUUUCUAGCACUUUUAAAAUGUUUUAUAUCAAACAUCACAAGAUCAAAUUAAAUGAUGAAAAGAUCGGAAAAACUAGAAAAUGUGAUCUCUGAAUUAACGUAGUGAAAACUAUAUAAAUAUUCGACUUUGGUAGUUGAUUCAAUUAAACUUUUGUCCGAUUUUUUGAUUCUUCUUUACAUUUAUUGUAAGUUAAAAAUAGAUUUUCGCCAAUUUUUCGUGUUAUCGGAAAUAAAUAUUGAAUUGAUACCUUGAAACCAGUUAUUGAACAUUAUGAACAGCUAUUCAAUUUUUUUUUGAAUGUGAAAAAAGUUUUUGUUGAUGUGGUUCCACUGAAACAUUUUUUUGUCUGGAAAAAAUGUGUUCUGAUUAAGUUCUGGAGAAUUUGAGAAAGAAAUGAAACUGGAUUUAAGAUAAUAAUUUAAUUAAUUUCUUUCAAAAAUUAACUACCAAUGUUUCCUGGAAGUACCUAUUGAACUUUUCGAAUUUUUAAUCUAGAACUGAACUUUGGAAUAAGAAGUCUGAUUGUUUCUGAAUACAAUUAGGUUUGUUGAAGUGUUUUCUUUAAAUAGCCCUAAUCGCUCAUAAUUUUCCCGCAAUCAAUUUUCCAUCCAAAUUCUCCACGACGAAAUCGGAACAGUCAUUUUUUGUCGCGAAACUUUUUUUUGUCCACGGGUGAUAAAUCGCGCAAUAAUUGAAUCGAAUGACCCUUUUAUUCUCUUUUUUUUUAAUUGUAAACUAACAAACACUUCAAUCAAUCAAAUCAUUUCCUUUCAUAAACAUACUGCUAACACGUGCGUACUUUGCUGUUUAAACCUCCUUCCGAUCAAAUCAGCCAGUUCAAGGUUAUUCCGAAGAGAAUCGAGAAUUCUUUCUGUUGUGUAUGAAACAUGUUAUGUUUUGCGCAUAUCGUCAUUCGUGUUUGAACUUUUAUCAUUUGCUUCUUUGAAUUUUGCAUCUUUCACUUCAUUUCAUUUUUUUUUGAAAGAUGACAAUUUUUAUCAGAUUUUAUUUGUAAAUGUUUCGUGUCAAGUAGGUAUUAUGAUGAAAUAUUUAAAGUUUUAUUAUUACUUAUCAGAAACCUGAAAUUUGAUAGAGAGCCAGACUUGAACUAGAAUGGAACUUAUUCGUUUUGGAACAGAAAGAUUUCAUUUCAAACACUUCAAAUUUUGUUAUUUUUUUAAUCAAAGUCUAAGCUAGAACAAAAAUUAGUUUUAAUCAGAUUUUAAAUGUCUGAACUCAUAAUUUCAUAAAUAUUAUUACUUUUGAAAGUUGAAAAUUGCAGCCCUUUGAAAUUUUUUAUGAAAAACUUCAGACCAAUUUCAAGCCGAAACUAACAAGUUUUCAAUUUUUAGAACCACGGCUAUCUAUUUUCGUUAACUUUCCACAGUUUUCCUUCAGAACAGGAGUGCGAUAUAUUUUUUAUUUGAAAUCAAUCUUGCAUGAAACUAACUUUCUCCUCCUUCUAUUUUUCUUCAGAAAAAAUCCCAUAAAAUGUUUUCGCGCAUAUUUUGCUGAUCUUGCAAGACACUAAAAGUUCCUCCAAAAUCAAUUCAGUCUUCUUUUUUUUCCUCAUUCUUUUUUCCGGCUAAUCAGUUUCUUGCAACCUCGAAAAAUUGAUAAGUUUGCCAUGUAAUUUUCCAUGUUUCGCUUUCUUUUUUUCUGCCCUGAUAACAUUUAUUUUCGAGGGUGAAGAAUUUGCGAUGAUUUUUGAGGGCUAAUCAUAGAACACUUGAUUGAUCGAAAUAUUAAGAUGAUAUUAUUUUAGAAAAGUUAUUGCUUUUUUGUUUGUUUGAAUUUGAGCUUUUUGGCGCCUCUCUGAAAUUUUCGAGAGAGUUUUUGAAUUUUUUAGAAACUUGUAUAUUUCUUGCAUUUUUCUGUACAUUUAUUGUCAUAAGUUUUGACUUCUUUGAAAAAAUUGACAAACAUUUUCUGAUUAUUUUUGGCCUAACAUUUGUUAAUUUCGAAUAUUUUGAAGUCAUUGAAAAAUCUAGAUUUCUGAAAUGGAAGUUCAAUUGUCAAAUAGAAAUUAGUUUUUUUUUUCAAACUCCAAAAUACGGUUUCAGAAAAUUUUGUAAACAAAAUUUCUAACGAUAACUUUCGAAUUUAUUCUGAAGUUCUAGAUUUCCCCGAUAAGACUUUGAAAAAUAUCUAGAACAGAAUUUCUUCAUACUUUGAUGUGUCACACUGAUCUCUGAUUGAUCAUUUUUGCCGUCAUCAGUUUUCCUGCAAAACAGUUUCAUCUCGAAAAAAAAUUCACAAAUUCAUCGACAUAAUACGAUAGUUAGGCCUAGAACACACAUUGAAACACCGACGGAAAUUUGAAUAAUCCCACAAUGUUUUGCAUAUUAUUAUUUAUCUUCCUAUUGUCCUUCUGAAUAUCAUAAAAAAGUUGUCACGAACUUUUAUUUUCCGAUUUGAAUUGUGAGAAAAAACUGUUUCAAAUUGAAAUUUGUACAAUUUUUUUAUUUGAAAAAAAUAGUUUGGAUCGGUUUUUUUCAAUGUUUCAAAAAAGUUCAAAUGUUCUAUAGAGAGUAUGAAAAAUUGGAACUUUUUUUUUUUGACUGUAUUAAAUUUUUUGUGUUUUCAUGAGGUUAAUAGAAACGGUUCAGACAUAAUCUUUUUGUUUGUAAAAAAAUGACAUCAAGUGGGAUAUAAAUUGGGCGCGGAUUAAUAGUGACUGGUUUUUGGCAAUAACUAAAAUUUGAACUUUUUUUUGAACUUGUAACAUUUUGCUCGGCAUCUUGUAACAUUUCCGAAAUAAUGUUUUAGUUUGAGCUCAAUCUGAGAUCAAAUUUAUGUCUGCGCCUCCCCGUAUUUAUCACUAUCUUGUCUCGAUUUCCUUUGGCUCCGCCCACUUUUUUGUGUCUUCCCCCCGUUUUCUAUCUCUAUAUUUUUCGCCAUUUCUCGAUUAAUACCUGUUUCGUUUUUACGUUUGUUUGUAUCAAUCAACAAUACACACACACGAACAAAAUAUGGUUUUCAUAGCCGAAAAGUUUUCUCUCAUAGAAUUUUCUGGGUUGGUUUCUGAAGAAUAUCGAUAUUUGUGAAGAUUUCUGAGAUCCAACAAGUUCAGAUUACUGUACUGUAAAUUUAAAGACGCAUUUUGAAGUCAAAUUAUACCCGAUCUACUGCGUUUACCUAUUCUGAGUUUUGAUUUUUUCUGGUAUUUUUGACACUCAAUAAGUAUGUUCAGAGACACAAGUUUAGAAAAUCCAGAUAAAAAUAAUAUUUGUAAAGUGUUCUGAUCGUAGGUUGCUGUAUAUUUUUUUUCUGGAGUCUAGGUUACUGUAGAUGGAAUUUUUGAGCCCUGCGUGGAAUUCGUAGUUUGGUUUUGGUCUUAUCAAACUUUGAUUUAUCAUAUACGAACUGUGUCGUGUAAAUUAGCAUUGAUAAUGAUUAGGGUGUUUCCGAAAUAUUUGUUGCGUGGUUGCAACUUUUUUUUUUUGGAAUUUUUCGAAAAUUUCGGUAGUUUUGAAUAUUGAAAUUUUCUUAAGUAGAAAUAUUGUCAACUUUUGAAUGUUUCAUAAUUUUUCGUCAGUUUCUUAGAAAAUAUUUGUUGAGAUAUUCUCAAACACUCUAGAUUUAUUCUGGCGAAGAUUUCGAAAUUUUCUUCUAUAGCCUUUUUGAAAUUUUCAUCAGUUUUCUUCUGUACUUUGAAUUGUUUUUUGUUUUUUUAAGUAAACCUGAAACUUUUUGAAUAAUUUCACACUGUAGUCCGAAAUUUUUAAAUUCUAAAAAUAUUUUCUUUCCGAAACCGAAAACUCUUUCGAUCCGAAAUUUAGAUUUCUUUAAAAUUCAUAUCCACUCAAAAUUUAGUUGUUUUCAGUUCACAGUUUUUAAACUUCAAACGCUGGAAAACUAAUGUUUUUAAACAAAUUCUGGAACUUCCUCAUUGCUGAUAAAAAUCAAAGUUUGAGAUUUCUGAAUUUUUUCCAGUUCUAGGAAAGAUUUCAAAGUCAUAAAAAUUCACAUUUCCCCGAGAUUCCAAAAAACUGAGUUUUCAAAUUUCAAUUUAUCAAGACUUAUUAGAAAAGUUCUGAAAUUUCUGAUUGACUGAAAAAUCUUUUUUAUUUUUUGAAACUAAACUGUAAAGUUGAACAACCCAAAAAACCAUUUACUAGAAAUUUUAAAAACGUUUGCUCAAUAUAUUUUUUUCACAAUCAGUAAAUUAAUUAGAAUGUUUCAAAUUAAUAAAUCACUGUUUCAUUCAAACAUCAACUCCAGCCGCAAAAAUCGUGGAAUUUUUUCGAUUCUCCGGAAAGCACUCCUCUUUCCUUGUCGCUCUUAUCAGCUCCCCACCCGAUCGUAAAUUUUCGAAAAAAACGUACAUACCUAAUAAAUCUAACAAAUUGUUAUCCAAUAAUUGUUGCCAUGCACAUACACAGACACACUUUCGACUCUCCCACUGAUUGAUGAUAAAAGUUCAUCAUGUUUGAUUUGAUUUUGACGAAACGACGUGGAAUUUUUGCCGCUUCUUUCUUUCUGAUAAAACCACCGAAAUUAGAGAAAAAAAAGACAGUGGCGGGUUGGCAGCCAUGUUCAUAUUCUUUUUCUUUGAUAACUGAAUCCAUACUUUUUUUUUCGUGGUUUCUUGCGAAAAGAAUGUGUUCGAAAGGUUUCAGUGAUAUUUAAAAUGACAUGUGAAUUGUUGUCGUGUCCCUUUUUAAGAAGCUACUUAUGCAGAUAACAACACUAAAUUGUCUUGAACUCUUCAUUAUUUUCUCCAGGGAGUGUUUUUCUAUUUGGCCAUAUGGUCUAAUUGUAAGUAAGUUUCCCCAUAUUCUUAUUUUCGAUAUCUCGGGAUAGAAUUUAUAGAACUUUUUAUAAUUAAUUAUAGAAUUAGAAUAAUAUAGAACUAGAUAGAAUUUUUGGAACUUGAAAUUUAAAAACUCAAGGAAAGUUCCGGACCGCGCCGCGUCUGAGAAAAUUCCGAAUUUUUUCCCGCCUAAAAGUAUUCUGUCAUUUUUCGAUUUUGCAAACAUCACGAGUUUCAUUCUUCCGUAUUCUUCCAACAUUCAUGAUUUCACUUUUUUCGUCGCUUCUUAAAGGUUUUUUUUUCUGGAGCUACUUAUACUUAUAAAGAUAACAAAACGAAGUGUUACAUUCCAACAUUUUCUGAUUUUGCUCCCAAAUCAUUACUGGUUGUAGUUUUGAGUUUUUAAAAAUUGGAGACUCAAUUCAGAAUUCCUGCAACUCUGAAUCAUUUUGUAGAUCAAGGUUAUUCCAAAUUGGAAAUUUAAUUUGAUAUCCAUGACAUCACCUUGUUUUAUUUAUUUCCUGUCUGAUAAAGAAAAGUUUGAUCAGAAAACAUUUGAAAAGUAAAUAAAUAAAUAGGCUGUAUAUAGUAUAAUAACAAUAAUACUUUUUUUCAAAUAAUAUUAUAAUCCCUCAUUUUAACCGGACAGUCUGUUAUAAAAUAAUAAUUGUUUUUCCUUUUUUCUUUCCUUUCCCCUGUUUUGUCAAAGAUCGUACUUUUUCAUUUCAUCUUUAGAUUUUUGAAAUCCCACAUAGUUCAAAAAUAUUAUUUGCAGAACACAAAACAAAAAUGGAUGAUUAUGAAUAUUGGGCUGAUGAUUAUUUGGAUGCUCAACCGAGUUAUUCAAUUCGACCCACUGGCAGAGUUGUGAAAGUUGAAAGGUUUGUAUUUUGUCACGAGGUUUUUUUGUUUCUCGAUUAUCUGGUGAAAAAAUCUUCUGUUGGCGUUUUGGCAAGAUUGGUAUCUAUUGCAGGAAAAAAUUCUUUUUAUAUUUUAUUUGCUGAUUUUUUUUUGGAAAAUUGUUUACACUUCUCAUAGUUUUAAGGGCACUGACCAAAAUUUGGGAUAGUUUUGUAGAAAACGAUUUUUUCAAAUAAGGAUUUGUAAUUUGAAGGAUUCCAGGAAUUUUUUUCAGAAUUUUUGACACCUUAUUUGAACUUUUGAAUUUUUCCCGGACACGCUUCUUUUUUUUGCAAAAAUCGGAUUAGAAAAUUUCAAAGAUGAAACUAUUAUUUUUUCCAACAAAUUACGAGUUGAUAAGAGAAACAAAAAAUGAUAACAAGCACAUUUUUACUUUCCAAUUUUCUAUGUUUUUGUUGCCUUCUUUUUAUGGAUGAAACUUGUCUUUUUGCUCAAGAGCUCACCUAAUAUCACGAACAUCAAAACAAACAUGAAAAUAGAUAGCCCCGGAAAUAAAAUGAAAUAAGUGAUUAAAUAAAUAAAAUGAUACAAGUUGUACUUGAAUUUGACCAGCGAUGAGAAAAAAAGAAACUUUUGAAGUCUACCGACUCGAGGGAAAUUUUUAUGAAUUGUAUUUUUAUCAGUGAAAAAUUUUGGAAACAAUUUUUGUUUUGUUUUGACACGUUUUCUCAAUAUCAUUAAUAUUAUUAUUAUGAUUAGACAAAAUUGUUAUCAAUUGAUAUCCUUCCCAAAAAUUGUUUCCAACAAACCCUGUCUAGUUCUUUUUCUCUCUUCUUCAUUUUUGUCCAUUUUUAUAUCACUCUACAUACUCUCUAAAUACAGCAAAUUUUAUUUCAUUUCAUUUCAUUUCAUUUUAUUUUAUCAACUUUUUUCUUUUUUUCUCACUUAAUUUUUUUUAGUGAUUUUUGAAAAUUGUAUAGAACAAGUUUUUUGUUUUGAAUAAUUUGAUAAACAAUUUUUGAAAAUUGUUGAUAAAAUCAAAAAAUCAUUUGUUACAAUAUGAGAAAUUGGAUUAUUUUCAAGGUUGUUUUUUUUUUGGUUUUUUCCAAUGUUGUGUGGUUUUUUAUUGAUUUAUUUCUUGAUUGGGGAACGCUUGAAAAUUAAGAAAUAAAAAUGGGAAAAUUUUUGGAAACAAAUUUUCUUAUUAAUUCGAAAGAUUUCCAAAAAUUUUGUGGAUCAUGUUUUUUAUUUUAAGAAUUUACAUUUUUCUUGAUUUUUUGGAAUCUUUCAGAAUUUUGUGAAAAAACACUUCUUCAAAAAAUCAAUACAUCCGAAUUUGUUCUAAAAAUGUUUUCCAGUCCCCUAUCGUAAAAAAAAUAAAACAUAAAAAAAUAUUGCAGAAUGUCAGUGCCACGCGAAAUCCUAAUGGCGGCCCCAUCCGGAAGUCCAGCGCACACCUCAACUUUCGUAAUUCGAGCCACUGAUAAAUCAAUAAACAAUUCUGGAUCAACAUCUUCAGCUGCAAACGAGGCAAUUUGCGCAGUUUGUGGUGACGAUCAUGCAAAAUUGCAUUACGGUGUUUUGGCUUGUUAUGGUUGUAAAGGAUUUUUUCGACGCACUUUGACUGGCAAAUAUCGUUAUGCUUGUCGAUUUGGUAACAAUUGUAUUGUUGACAAAUGUAAGCGUCUCUUUUUCAUUUUUGAUUUCUCAAGGUUAUUUUUAUUUAAUCUCUUAUCUUACUCUCUUUUAUUUAUAGAUCAACGAAAUAGUUGUCGAUAUUGUCGUUUUCAACGAUGUAUUGAAGUUGGCAUGGAUCCAAAAGCAGUUCGACCAGAUCGUGAUUUGACUGGAAAACAAAAAGUGCCGCGAAUCAAGAAAAAACAGAUUGAUGAGGAAUUAUUGAAUCAUAUGAUGAGAUUGCAGGGAGAUGAUUGGAGCCGAAAAUUGCCGGUUGAGACGCGCAUUUUGUUGAUGCAAUUGAUGAGUAUUGAGGAUAAGGUGAUUAUGAUGGAAAAAAAAGGAAGGGGAGCCUAAGCAAGCUAUGUAGCUUCUGUAACAAUUUUCAGAAUUGUGAAAUUUUUAAUCCCUAGGAAUUGAAUUCUCUAAAAUUUGACCUAACCGUAAUUUCUUCCAGGUUGUGAAAGGUGACAAUAACAUGAGUGCCCAAAACACAGCAAAAGAUCCAAAAAGUAUAUCACUCCGCGAAAUGUUUGAAUCAAAACCAGCUCUCGAUGGACGAAGAAUGGAAAUGAGAUAUGAACCAUUUCGAAUGGCACGAACUGAAGAACUCAGUGUAAUUGCACAUCGUCGAGCAAUUGCUGCUGUUGAUUGGGUUGAUAGUUUGACUGAAAUUGCUGAAACUGUGGAUACGGAGGAUAAAGUUGCGCUGGUCAAAAGUUGCUAUUCGCCACUGACAAUUUUCAAUUUUUCCGCAAGAACUGCGCAGAACACAAAAAAUCCGGAUAUUUUAUGUUUGUGCAGUCAUUCGUAUGUUCCGCGUAGAUUACCUCCUGAAUUCAAUGAGACUAAUCAUUUGUCGAAUGUUUUGAUCGAUCGAACUUUGAAUGAAUUGGUCACACCAUUGAGAAAGUUGAAUUUGAAGGAAGAGGAAAUUGUGCCACUCAAGGCUAUUAUUACAUUGAAUCCUAGUGAGUUGUGAACCUACAGUACCUUUUUGAGUACUUUUAGAGUUUUUUUUCAAAAUGUUUAUUUCUAAAUCCAGCAAACGUUUCCUUCAAAAUUAUUUCUUCCAGAUGCAAAAGGACUCUCUGAUCAUGCUCGAAUUGCAAUUUCUGAACUCCGUGAUAAAGUUCAAGAUAUGUUAUUCCAAAUUGUCAAAGAACUUCAUCCGAUUUAUUCAGCAAGUAGUCGAUUUGGAAAUCUUUUAUUGCUUCUCCCAACCAUUACAGUAAGCACAAUAAUAAUACUUGGCUCAACUUUUCAAUCUGUCAUUUCCAGACGCUUUCCGGAUUGAUGUCUGAAAACAUGCAUUUUUGUCAAGCACUCGGUGGCCGCCAAUCUGGCGACACACUUUUGGCUGAAAUGUUUGGCGAUCACACUUUUGAUGAUCAAAUGAUUAGCAGCAGUAUCAGUCCACCGUACUUUGAAAACCCGGCAGAAAUUAGUCUCGAGGUAAAGAUAUUUUUCGUGUUGCAUAAAUAUGAUGAUGAUUUUAUUAUCAGAAAAAAACCAAUUAAUGUCAUUUCAUUUUUAUCAGCGAUCCACGAGAAACGAAUAAUUCGUGGAAAAUAUUUGGGGUUUUACGAUGGGCAUGGAAAUAAAUGAGGGCAUUGGCAAAUUAUAAAUAGAAACCCAGGGGAAAUUUGUAUUGUAGUAUUUGGGAAAAACGUUGGAUCUUCUAGAAAAAAAUUGGAAAAUUCUCGAUGAUUUUUCAGACCUGAACUAAAUCAGGUUCAACCUCAUUCCAAUCUUCAGAUCGAUCUGAAAUGUUGUCCAAAUUCCUAUCAAAACCUAAUUUUUUCUAUUUCCAGAGCAUUUCGCCACCUCUAACUGACGGAGUUUCAUCAACAAUUCGACGAAGAUUAAGCACAACCAAAAAAUGUGAUGCCACAACACAAACUACUGAUGACAUUAUUCCCUACCAGCAGCACCAUCAAAAUCAUAAUUAUAUGCCACAAUCGAAUUCGUCGAAUUCACUGAUCAAUGCGGGUUAUUCUCCACCAGUUGUGAGUUUUCAAAAAAAAAUCGAAUCAAACAAAUUUUGAACAAGAUAUUCAAAACUUGAAAUCCAAAACCAUUUAUAUUCAAAAUCUCAAAAGGUGGAAUUUGAAAUUCAAAAUUCACAAUAUCAAAUUAAAAUGUUCCGAUCCAGAAUCUACAAAAGUCAAUUUCAAAAUUGCAGAUUUCCUCACCAUUCCCAUCUUUACUUGAUGAUGUUGCUGAUUCGACAUUCACUGCAGAUAUCAAUUUGUCAGAUCUUGGAAAUUGUGAAGAUUUUCUAUCACUUCUCCAAUAACUUGCCCUAUUUUCUUCUAGGUACCCCUACUUAUCCCAAUUGUUGUACAUAUCCCCAUCAAAAUUAA